GUGACGGUGACUGGACGGAAUGAAGAACGACUUCAAGGAACCAAGAAAGCCUUGAUUGAUGCUGGAAUGCCGGAAUCCCAUUUCGUGAUUGUUCCUGCUGAUAUCACUACGUCUGAUGAACAAGAUUCUCUCAUUGCUGAAACUUUGAAUAAGUUCGGAAAGAUCAACAUUCUUGUCAACAAUGCUGGAGCUUCGCUUCCAGAUGCUCAGAAGAAGUUUGGCAUUGAUCAAGGCGUUGACACAUACAAAAAAGUAAUGAAACUCAAUGUCCAAUGUAUUUUCCAAAGUGUGAUAGAGAUGACACAGAAAGUUCGACCACACCUGGCCAAAUCUAAAGGUGAAAUUGUUAACGCAUCGAGUGUUGUCGCAUUGAAAUUUGGAUGGGCCAGAACUCCUUACUACUCAUUAGCAAAGGCAGCUUUGGAUCAGUAUACAAGAAGUGCUGCUAUUGAUCUCAUUUCCGAAGGAAUCCGUGUGAACACUGUCAACCCAGGAAUCGUUCAGACUGGAUUCCACGAGAGCGCUACUGGAACGUCUUCUGAUGUAUCACAGAAGUUCUAUGACGACAUGGGAUCUAACAGGCAUGCCAUUCCAGUUGGAUUCUCAGGUCGUCCAACUCAUAUCGCAAAGGACAUCGCCUUCUUGGCUGAUCGAGAUUCGUCAGAGUACAUCAUUGGUCAGAAUAUCAUCGCUGAUGGAGGCACCAGCUUGGUUCUUGGGCUACACGCUCAAUUUCCCAAACCAACUGUGAACUGA